UUCUAUGCGUUUACUUCCAGGUGAAUAAUUAUGGAUAAUACGAAUGGAAGUUUGCUUAACUUUAAAGGAUAUAAUUUUUUGAAGUCCUUUGUGGACAUUGAAAAGUUAGAAAAGAUGGAAGAUUUUGAGAUUAGAGAUGACGAUGUCUUCAUUGUCACGUAUCCAAAAUCUGGUACCACCUGGGCUCAGCAGAUCCUCAGUUCCAUUUACUUUGAGGGUCACCGGAACAGCACUGAAAACACCCGAACAGUUCAAAGAGCACCAUUCUUUGAGUACAAUUAUUUUAAAUUAGACUAUGUCAAAAUGCCAUCACCUCGCAUCUUCUCUUCUCACCUUCCAUAUUACUUAGUACCAAAAGGUCUGAAGAGCAAAAAAGCUAAAAUUGUUUAUCUUUAUAGAAAUCCCAAAGAUGUUUUGAUCUCCUUUUUUCAUUUUUCAAAGUUGAUAAGUAUCAUAGAAGCUACAUAUACCAUAGAACAUUAUCUGGACAUCUUUCUGGAUGGAAAAGUUCAUGGAAGCCGUUGGUUUGAUCACAUUAGAGGCUGGUAUGAACACAGACAUGACUUCAACAUAAUGUUCCUGAGCUAUGAAGAAAUGAAGAAGGACCUCAGAAGCUCAGUGCUUAAAAUCUGCAGUUUUCUGGAGAAAGAUCUGAGUGAGGAAGAUGUGAUUACUGUUGUGAGACAAGCUACAUUUCAGACCAUGAAAUCUGACCCACGAGCAAAUUACGAACAGAUUACAAAGUAUAAACUUGGGGUGAACAAGAAGGAAGGCACUUUCAUGCGCAAAGGUACCGUCGGAGACUGGAAGCAUUAUUUGACUGUGGAGCAAAAUGAAAGAUUUGACAUGAUAUUCAAGAGGAACAUGGAAAAAUUUCCCUUGAAGUUUAUCUGGGAUAUAAAUGAAGACUAGAAUUCUAUCUAAUAUUUGCAUAAAAGAAA